AUGUCGAUUCUAGCACUACCUAAAAAUCCAGAACCCACCCAGCCAAAGUUCAAGGCGCUUUAUUGGAUCGUGUUUGAGGAUCCUCUGCAGCUCAACGCAGAUGCCAACAAUCUUCUCCAGAGGUUUAUCUUGUCAUUAACAUACUUUCAAACAUCUCGGGAGAGUGACCGGCUUGCAUGUGGGCCAUCUACAGCUGCAAAUGAAUCCUAUAGGAUUCAAGAUACCCUGGGUCGUGGCUUAUCCGGAAGUCCUUGGCUUGAAGGUGUCCAUGAAUGUCAAUGGGCAGGAAUUUUGUGUGAUCGAGAGAAGAAUAUUACUCGGUUGGACCUCAGGGACAACGGAUUGAAUGGCCCUCUGCCCACAGAACUUGCAAAUAUUCCAGCACUGGAAUCAAUAAACAUUAUGGGGAACCGAAUGACAGGAACGGUUCCGAGCAUAUAUGGUAGCUUCCUUUCCAUUUCUUUACUGAAUCUAGACAACAGCGAACUGUCUGGUAGUAUUCCGUCAGAAUUAGUGCCCACAGAAGUCGGACUCUUUGAUGGGACGUGGCUUGGAUUUGGUUCAAACAGCUUGUCCAGCUCCAUCCCUACAGAGCUCUUUCAGGCUGGCAAAGGAAUCCAUACCUUUCUUUUUAAUGACAAUAAGUUUACAGAAACUCUACUCGCUGAAGUUGGAGCAUUGCAUGGACGUCGUGAUCUCCAAGUCAAUUUGCAAGGGAAGCCUUUACGUGGAACCAUUCCAUCGGAAAUUGGAGUUCUGAAAGGCAAUAUCGCAAGCCUUGAUAUCAGUUGGACCAAUAUGGAAGGCUCCCUACCAGAGGAACUCUUUACAGAAUGUACCAACUUACUUUGGUUUCAGGCCUCCAACUGUGGAUUGACUGGGACAAUCAGCACUGGACUGCAGCUUUUGUCAAAGCUAGAACGCUUUGACAUUUCCAACAACAACUUCCACGGUGCUAUCCCAGCACAGCUUUCUGCUCUGAUGGCAUUACGUCUGUUUUUUGUGAAUGGGAAUGACCUUUCUGGUUCCAUUCCGUCAUCUGUCUGUGCUUUGGCUGACCCCACAAAGGGCAUAUUUGAAGUGGCUGCCGACUGCCUGCCAAUGGAUGGCACAGGCAAUCCCAUGGUAGAGUGCUCUUGUUGCACUCUGUGUUGUGAUCGUGAUGCUGCUGACUACUGCCUUCUAAAGUAG